GCACUGCAAACAAACCAACACCCGAUGGGCAAGACUUGCACUGAAAUGCAGCCAGCUCUGGGGUGGGUCGGAGCAGCUGCUUAACAGUGCAGAGCAACAAAGGAGUGCUUAGACACCUGCCUGCAGCAGCCACAGGAUUCAGGAGCACCACGGCCCAAUGCAUCUAAUACAAGUGGGACUUUAAAAGACACAGUGCCUGGGAUUUUAGAAUGAAACUCCUUAUGGACAUAAAACGUGUCUUUAACCAGAAAAAGACAGGGUUGGAGGGUGACAGAGCCAGAUUUUCCAGAGCUCUCAGCUCCCCGCAAUGUGUUCUGAACACGGGCCGUAUUUUCAAUUGCGCUCAGCACCCAGCAACUCCCACUGGGCCGCUGGAGUCUAAUUUCCCCAAGAGCCCUGCUGCCGACACGCCGAGCCCUGCUAAAUUCACCCCCUGGGAUCCAGCUCGCUCCUGCUUCGUGCCCCCAUUGCCACCAGCGUCAAACGGUACGAGAUCCCAACUGGGGCCGGGUUACAGCCGCUGGGCAUGGAGGUAAACGCCGGGACGAGAGGCCAGCCAGGGGAGAACCCACCCGUUUGAUUCCCCCUAGGUAGCAGUCGUGCCAGCCUGCAGACAACGGUUCACGUUGCGUUUGAAAUCUGCCUCAGCCAGCAGCCCUGAGCCAGCCCCUGCCCCCUACCCUUCCCUGUAUCCAUCACUAACGAGGACACCAGGCCAGCCGCUUUGCUCCCACCAAGCCUACAACCAGCUACCUGCGAACAAGGUCUCCGCUUGCCUCGGGCGCCAGCUCCCGCCUGGUCCGCCUGCUCUGCAGCCUUCGGACUGGACGGACACAGCGAAGUGGUGAAGAAUUACUUCCAGCGGCGGGAGUUCUCCUUCACGCUGCGCGAUGACAUCUACGUGCGGUACCAGUCCUUCAACAGCCCCCAGGAGCUGGAGAGAGAGAUGCAGAAGAUGAACCCCUACAAGAUCGACGUGGGAGCCGUGUAUUCGCACCGGCCCAGCCAGCACAACACCGUGCACAUGGGCGCCUUCCAGGCUCAGGAGAAGGAGCUGGUGUUCGACAUAGACAUGACGGAUUACGAUGACGUCCGGAGGUGCUGCAGCUCCGCCGAGAUCUGCUCCAAGUGCUGGACCCUUAUGACCAUCGCGAUCCGUGUCAUCGACCGUGCGCUCGUGGAGGAUUUCGGGGUGAAGCACCGCCUGUGGGUGUAUUCGGGCCGGCGAGGCGUCCACUGCUGGGUGUGUGACGACUCCGUCCGGAAGUGGUCGUCCGCCAUGCGCGCCGCCACGGUGGAGUAUCUCACCCUCGUGAAGGGCGGGUCCGAAACCGUCAAGAAGGUGAACCUGACCGACCCCAUUCACCCGUUCAUCAGCAACUCGCUGAGUCUGGUGGAGCCGUACUUUGAAGAAUACGCCCUGGUGGGCCAGGAUAUCCUGGGCAGCAGCGAGAGCUGGGAGAAGGUGGUUGCCCUCGUCCCAGAGUCGGUUCGAGAGAGCCUGCUGCGGGAAUUCCCCAAAAAGCAUGAUUCCGUCCAGCGCUGGGAGCUCCUGAAAAAGAAGAUGGAGAAAUGCAAGCCCUCCCACGCGGAGUCGGAGAUCAUGCUGCAGUACUGCUUUCCGCGGCUGGACAUCAACGUCAGCAAAGGAGUCAGCCACUUACUGAAGAGCCCGUUCAGCGUCCACCCCAAAACAGGUCGUGUUUCGGUCCCGAUUGAUUUGCGGAAGCUGGAUCAGUUCGACCCGUUCACCGUUCCAACCAUAAGCUGCCUCUGUAGUGAACUGGACACGGCUCACGAGGAGGAAGACGGAGAGAAGGAAAACGAGGCAGAGCCGGAACCCAAACGCCGCAGCAGGGACUACAAGAAAACCAGCUUGGCUCCGUACGUGAGAGUCUUCGAACAGUUUGUGGAGGAAAUGGACAAGUCUCGCAAAGGGGAGCUUCUUAAGAAGAGCGACUUACAAGGAGAUUUCUGAGGAUUCUAGUGACUCCAGUGGGGAAAUCUACAUCUGGUUUGUCCAACCAGCCGUUACAAGAGCUCCGAUCGGGCCAGCGAUUCUUCUUGGCAUUAAAGGCUUUGCCCAGCAGGCUUCCAAGAAAAGGAAACCCAACUGGUCUUGCCUGCUGGAGAGAGAGGAUUUGGAUGUUCAUUGAGCCUGGGCUUGGAGCGUGCGCUGGGAGAAGACUACGCUGUGGAUUGUUGGCAAGAAAUUAGAACUGCUUCCUCCUCUCCCCUCAUCUGCAAACAGCAGGCGGAUUAACCCACCCGGCCCUGUUUGCCGGCACAAGGGCAAGGCAGAAUUUUACCUGCCUGAGCAAGAGCCAUUGGUAAAGUGGGAAUUAGGAGAGAGGGGAUCCCAGCUGGCUGAUUCGAGAGGAAGGGAGGAAUUCUCAUCGGCUGAUGGAGUCCGAGGAAGCAAGGGUCUGGAAUUGGCACCUGGCUGCUGCCUGCAAAAAUGACCCAUGGGUUUUCUUUCUAUCAGGGUAACUCUGCUGCCUGAGCUCUGGGGCAAACCGUUAUUAACGGAAGAAGCUGCCUGGCAGCCCCAGAUGCAUGAGAUUGGGCCGUUGGAUUUGUCAUUUCUAAGCAAUGGUUCCCCGGGCCCAGCUCUUCCAGAUUUCGACCUCGACUGACUUAUUCCAGACAUCAAAGGCUACUCCAGUUGUCCCUCCUCCUGCUUAACGUUCCCUUCUGGCUGCAGCCUGCGUAGUCCUCUCCCUGCUGCAGGGUUUAAUUUGCAAGCUCUUUAUCUCGGCGUGUCGAAUUGAUCCAGGCAGCCUGGGUCUGAUGGCCCAGUAGGAGGCGCUCUGUGUAUCCUUCUUUUGUACUUUUUUAUGCAAAAAGAAAACUAUUAAAGGGUUCAGUGAGCGAUA